AUCGAGCACAUAAGGGACCCCAUUGGAUCGACCAUCAUAUAUUAAAUACUGGUAAAUCGUUUUUGAACUAUCCUCGAUACUAGUGAAUGACUAGAUAACUGAUUUGACGACAUAACAGAACCAUGUCAACGAAGCAAGCUUGGGGCACCGAAGGCAAUCCCAGCAAUAAGAGAAGCUCUCUCGGGGAAGACAUCGAAGAUCACAUAGUACAUGAUGAUCCCGAAGAGGAGGAUGUUGAAUUGAGAGCCAGCUUCACUACAAACAAUCCAUUUGAACCAGAAACAUCCGAUUCCAAGCCUCAAACAUCCCCACUAUUAUCAGCUACUCCCCCUACGGUAGCUAAGGCAUUAAUCAAGGCAUACCCCUAUCUAUUAAUUGUUAACAAGCUCUUGUCCAUAGCAACGUGGACUAACGAUGAUUACUGGAUUAACAUUAUCAUCUUGAGUGUGUUUUCAUUGGUGGUGUUGUACUUUGAGAACUUGAUUGUCUGGUUUGGACAUAUCAUCAUUGUUGGAAUAAUCACACUUUAUGCGGUGUUAAACAACAUGAUCGUGGAGGAAACUAAGUUACAUCCUACCUUGGAUGAUGUUGUACAAGCCUUAACCGCCACUUGUAUCAAAGCUGAUAUGCUUUUAAACCCAAUCACCUCAUUGUCGUUAACGGCAUCUGAUAUUAAGCGUUUAUUAUUCACCACGCUUUUUUUAACUCCCUUAUACUUGAUUGCUACGCUCUUGAUCAUUAAGCCCAAGAUCAUCCUAUUGGUCAGUGGUCUUUACGUAUUGUCAUACCAUUCAGCAUAUUCAAGAGUAACCAGAAGAAUCAUUUGGAAAAUCAAGUUGGCUAGAGUUAUCUGUUUUUAUCUAACCGGUUUAGAUUUCCUGCAAGCCAAAAAUCACUCCUUAUUUGCAGCUGCAUUUGCCAAGGUACAAAAGAAUGCAGGAUUCGAUUCUUCUAGUGGCAACAAACCAGUUAGAUUUACUUACGUGAUCUACGAGAAUCAAAGAAGAUGGUUAGGGGUUGGUUGGACAUCUAAUUUACUUUCCUAUGAAAGAACUCCAUGGACCGAUGAGUUUUUGAACGAAAGUUCCUCUAUCGAGACUUUCCGUUUACCAAAUACUGGUGACACAUUAAACAAUCCAUUAGAAUCGUCCAGUAAGAUCAAUGGUGCUUCUUGGAAGUGGGUUGACAAGACUUGGAGAUUGGACUUAACCAGUGACGGUGCAAUCACCUUGGCCAACAACAAGAGAUCAAAAACGACUGCAAACCCAUCAGCUGACGAGGGUUUUAUUUAUUAUGAUAACACUUGGAAAAAACCAUCUACUGAAGAUUCCUACUCCAAGUACACAAGAAGAAGAAGAUGGAUUAGAACCGCUGAAUUGGUGUUCAACUCUUCUGAUUCAGAGACUGCGGCUCCCGAAGUAGCUGAGGAAGAGCAAGAAAAUGUGGAGGAGAAGUUAACUGCUUCUGGUUCUUCUAAAAGAGAAGAAAACACUAAUGCUAGAAAAAGAAAAAGCUUAAGAUUUGCUGAACCAGAGCAAGAAGGAAACACUGGGGCUGAAAACAGCAGUACCUCGCAUGAAGUGCCACAAGAAUCUGAUUCGUUGGAUUCCGAUGUUAAAAGUGCGUAGAUCGACCUAUUCGAUAUGAAUAACGAAUUUCCCGAAUUACAUAACAUGUAGGUAACGUCAAGAUCAUUUUAAUAUUACCGUAUCAUGGAAUCAAAUAGUUGUCUGAUAUGUAUUGUCGCCUCGUAUGUAUAAUGACGAAUUGACAUCUGCAAAAAGGGUCUUUUAGCGUCGGAUAACACCGAAACCCGCCAAACCCCGUAUAGACGGAUUGUUCCGGUAAUAGAGAGUUUUGUGUAAAGGGACUUCAUCACCUGAUAUCCAUCAAGUGGGGUUUGGGUGAGAGAUUAGUCUCAGUAGAAAGUUCGGAGAUUCCCGAGAUUAGUCACGUGUUGGUGCCUUACCGAUAAGGAUUUCUGUUUGCUUGAUCCACUGGACUCCAAGUAUAAAUAUCGACGAUAUCCCCUCGCUUUUU